AUGGUGGGUAAAAAGUCGGGCAAAGCCCUUCGUGAUGAGGGCCUCGAGCGGACGGACAACAACAUGGAUCUCUCGAGCUGGCCGCAAGUCGCCGCGAUCAACCAGAAGAAUUACUACACUGAUUACCUCAAGCGAGACGACCAGUACCUGGCUUUCCGACUAGCAAAUGAAGAGGCAAGGAUCAAGAUGACCAAAACCGCCAAGGACCGCGAUCGUGCCCUCGCAAUGGCCAAGUCAAAUGAAGCGGAGGCGGAGGCGGAGGCAGACGGCGAUGCCAACAUGGAAGAUGCGGAGGACACUCCGACCGAAACUGCUGGCUCAAAAGUUAUCGUAAUUCAUGUUGGCAGCCAGAAUUUGCGAAUUGGCCUGUCUAGUGAUGCUUUGCCAAAGACCAUGCCAAUGGUCAUUGCAAGAAAGUCGACUACCAAUGAAAGCGAAGACCAAGAAGAGCCUAAACCGAAGAGAUUCAAGCGGGAUGAUGGGACUGAUGAAGACCCGGAGAGGGUUUUUGGACCAGAGUGGUCCUCUCAAUACACAACCAUGGCCUCGGAUCUGAAAGCCCGGAUGAAAGCGAAUAAGCGACGAAUGUUGCCUAAUCCCAAGGAAGGAGUGGUCAACUUCAACCGCAAGCAGUCGCCGGAGGUAAUUUCAGAGCACAACGACCCCGAGCGUGUUGAAUGGACGGAACUGGAGACUCCUCCGCAGGAGUAUAUCAUUGGGCAGCCCGCAUUGAGGAUCCCAGACACCUCAAAGCCUCGGUACAAGCUCUUCUGGCCCAUUCAGAAUGGAUGGUGCAAUGAGAGGGACUACGAGAGCAAGCGAAUGCUGUUCCUUGACAUUUCCCUGAUCCUUGAAGAGGCGAUCAAAGGGCAUUUGGGUCUGCGUAGCAAAAAGGAUUGGGCCCAAUACUCCUGCGUAUUUGUGAUUCCAGACCUAUACGAGAAGUCCUAUGUUACGCAGGUCCUGGAAAUGCUGAUGCGGGAGUUUGGGUUUUCUCGCGUGUGCUUUAUCCAAGAGAGUCUUGCAGCCACCUUUGGUGCUGGCUUUACCUCUGCCUGCGUGGUUGACAUCGGCGCACAGAAGACAUCAAUUUGCUGCGUUGAGGAAGGCAUGUGUAUUGAGAACUCACGGGUGAAUCUGAAAAUGGGCGGGAACGAUGUGACGGAGACUUUCAUCAAGAUGAUGCUGCACGACCAUUUCCCAUAUGCCGAUAUCAACCUUUGGCGCCGAUAUGAUUACUUGCUGGCAGAAGAGUUGAAGAAGAAUCUUUGCACUAUGGACGAAGCUAAGGUAUCCCCGCAAGCAUUUGACUUUCACCUUCGAGUUUCGGGUCAGGAUACGCAGAAGCACAAUUUCAAGGCUUUUGACGAGGGCCACCUGGCACCCAUGGGCUUCUUCGAGCCGACUAUCUUCGACAAUUCACACAAGCUUGAUGGCCGGCGGAAGCUAAUUGAAAAAUCUGUCGAUAUCUACGAUGGCCAACCGAAUGAUCCCACCUCGGCAGCCCAGUCCGAAAUAAUGACUGCCCUUGCUCCUCCCCUUCCUUCCAACGGCAGGGCAAAUGGAGAAUCACAAUCGACAGCGCCUGAUGUGCAAGCCACCCCCGGUCGCCCCCAGCAGUCGAGUGCGCUGGGCCGAAUUCAAGAGCAAGAGGCUACCCCUCGCUCGUCUGUUGCUGGAUCCCCCGCACCUGAAACUGCAGGAACCCCCCAGGCGGGUGGAGCUGGUACACCGGCUGUGACUGCGCCGACAUCUCAGCCUGCUCGCCCGGCUGUCGAGUACCGAGACGACAUCUUGCCCGUCUUCCCUCUGGACAACGCAAUCUUGACCUCGAUUGCACAUGCCGCUCGUUCGGACGAGAAGAAGAUGCGAGACUUCAUCGGUGGUAUUAUGGUGGUUGGUGGUGGCAGUCUAACUAACGAACUCCAUGCAUUCCUCGAAGCGCGACUCAAAGCCCUUCGCCCUGGCUUCCAGAAGGAGAUUAUGAUUGGUGUGCCGCCACGAGACCUGGAUGCCCAAGUUGUUGUGUGGAAGGGCGCCAGUAUCUUUGGAAAAUUGAGUGGUACUAACGACAGCUGGAUUGGAAAGCUGGAGUAUGAUCGGCUGGGUCACCGCUUGAUGGCAUACAAGUGCAUGUGGGCCUACUGA